AUGGCGCGCCUCAAAUCUGUCCGAGCGCCAACAACAGCCAGUCUCCCAAACAACCUCCGCAUUCCCUCAUCCACUCCCUCACUCGCAAAGACUCUCGGCAAGCUAUCGCGACAAGCGCUACUGGAGCUCGCUUUAACAUGGCUUGACGACCGGAAUAUCGCAUCGUUUCCGCCAUAUUUACAACCCGACGAAACCAAUGGCGACGAAGACACUCUGCCAUACCCCGCCGCCGAAACUGUUGAAGAGGUUCGCCAAGCAUACGAGGGCCUGCAGGAUAGAAAGGGCGGAAAGCGUGAAGUUCUCGAGCGCAUUCUCGAGGGCGAUUGGCGACAUGGCAUUUCAUUGCGACAGCUCGCAAUGGCCGACCUCCGUUACAUGGACGACCACCCGGCCAGUUUGCGAUGGACCGCGCUCGAGCUCAGUCGUAUCGACGCGAGGAAAAAUGCGACCGAGAAAGUCACACCAGAUGACUGGUCGGGUAACGUCCCACGCACACAAGCUUCAACCUUCGUGAAAGCUCUCCAACAUGAGAUUGCCCCGUUGGUAAAGGCACACUACCACUUAGCCCGCUCAUCCACUCUCCCUCUUACACUCUUACGAAUCUUCAUCAUUGACUCGCCCUACCAAUCACCUCGACAGACACCCGAGGUCUUCGCCGACUCCUCGCGUGUAGUCUAUGUCGCAUUCCCCGACAGCUGUCCCUUCGUCUAUACCUCCAUCACCGCAACAACGGGCUCCAAACCGGCUGGUCCCACGACAAGCUCCGUGGCAACGGACCCCCGCAGCCUACAACGCCUGGUGCGCGAUGCGAUUCCUAAGGCGCUCUCACGUCCGCAGGAACGAUAUACCUUGAAGCCAACAUCAUUAGCCGCUAAGAAUCUCCCAACUCUUCUUGCACUCCGUGGUCCCGGCCGGUCAACCGCGGCGAAUGGCGCAUUUAGCAUCUUUGCAGACUCUGCUAUUGAAGGAAGUCCAUUGGAUCCGCGUCCCGCAAACACGGUCUCUGCAGAAGAGCACGUGCGCAGUGGCAAGACGAUGAUCGAAGACAAAGAGAACGAGAUCAGCGCCGAGCAAUCGAUUGAAUCUUCAACAAAACGCAAGUCGGCGGAUAGCAACCCGAGCAUAAUGUCACCGACGUCGAAAAAACGGCGCUUGGCUGUAGACUCUCGCUUUGGAACAGCGGGGGGAUCACUAGCACCAGCACCGUUGGAUCGUCUGGACGUUCGACUUCUGGAUCAGCCUGUUCCCGACGACGAGGAGGAUUAUGGAAGCAGCUCUACUUUGCCUGCAGUGUCACUCACGUUCACUGGGUCGGAUGUCAUCGGCGGCAUUCGCAAGCUUGCUGAGCUCGGUAUAGUUGAUCCCGAGCGAAUGCCAUCGUGGAUGACGGGUGAAGAAGGCGUUAGUAUGGCGGUUGUUCGUGGGGGGAAUCGACUUCGGAAAGAUGUUUAA